AUGACCAAGUUGCCACAACAGCUUCAUUCAGUUCAUUCCACAACUAGCCAAGCAGUCAAAUGUGAUUUCUGUGGAGGGGACCAUCAAAAUGGCAACUGUGCUUACCCAAAUUACAAUGCAGAAAAUGAGGAAGUUCAUUAUAUGAGUAACCAGCCUCGAGGAGGUAAUUUUUCUAACCCUAACUCUAAUUCUUAUUCUAACAAAUUUUCACAGGGGUGGAGGCAGAACCAAAACCAAGGAUAUGGGUGGAGACAAGAAGCUGGACCAUCCAACAGGCCACCUUUUCAUCAGCAACCAUCAUACAACCACCAACAACAACAGCCACAUUUCCCUCCAAUUCAUGAGAGGCAAUUCAAUCUGGAGGAUACUUUAGAAAAAUUUAUGCAGAUGUCAAUGACCAAUCAGAAAAACACUGAGACGUCCAUAAAAAAUCUGGAGACACAAGUGGGGCAGUUGGCAAAACAACUAUCAAAACAGCAAACUUCAGGACAAUUCUCUGCCAACACACAAACUAAUCCAAAGGAACAUUGCAAAUCAAUUACCACAAGAAGUGGUAAGGAGAUUGGAAGAAUGCCAACUUAUGCUAGAUUUAUGAAAGAGUUGUUCACAAAGAAAAUGAGAUUUUCAGAGGAAACUGUGGAGUUAGAGGCAUGUUGCAAUGCAAUAAUUCAAAAAUCUAUACCUCAAAAAAUAAAGGAUCUAGGUAGCUUUAUAAUUCCAGUAACCAUAGGUGCAUUACCUGUGGAAAAGGUCUUGUUAGAUUUGGGAGCAAGUAUCAACCUAAUGCCACUAUCCAUGCUAAAAAGGAUUGGGGAACUGGAAAUCAAACCUACAAGAAUGACUUUGCAACUAGCAGAUAGGUCUAUGAAAUUUCCUUAUAAGGUUGCAGAGGAUAUCUUGGUGAAGGUAGAUAAAUUUGUAUUUCUAGUUAAUUUUGUUAUCAUGGAUAUGGAAGAAGAUGCAGAAGUUCCUUUGAUUUUGGGAAGAUCCUUCAUGAAGACUGCCAAAGUGAUUAUUGAUGUAGAUGAUGGUAAAUUCAAGGUAAGAGUCCAUGAUGAAGAAGUUAAUUUCAAUAUCUUUGAAGCUAUGCAUCACCCCAAAGAUAAACAACAAUGCUUCAGGAUGGAUGUAAUUGAUGAACUUUGCAUGGUGGAAAAGACACAAUUGCAUAAGUCCAAUCCAUUGGAGAAAGCUUUAAUUGAAGCUUAUCAGGACUUGAAUGAAGAAGAGGAAAAGGAGAUUGAAGAUUGUUUGAAGAAUCUUGAAUCCUCUAAAGCACUACCUCCAUAUGAAACUCACCAUGAAAAUUUGCCUCAAGAAGAAAAGAUAGAGGAGCAGAAGUUAGAGCUGAAAAUGCUACCAUAA